AGUGGUGCAGCCGGAAACGUGUGUUUGCUGAAUGUAACAAAUCGCCGAGUGUAUCAAUUGUGGGCAGCGAGAGCUCUCUGUGAGUGGGCAGCAUGGCAUCGUCGGGGGACGACGAUGGCAUGGAUGCGCUUUACGACCACUUCAAGGAGAAGAAGUAUAAAGGAGGCUUCAACGAAGAUAACUGGGAAGAGGAAUUUGAAAAGAUUCCAAUGUUUAUGAAAAAGCCACCUGAAGAACUUGAUCCUUUGAAACAUCCAGAACUUGCCUGCAUUCAGUCAAUGUUGUAUGAUGAGGAUCAAUCUCCAGAAGAGCUUGCAAAAACAUACAAAAAUGAGGGGAAUCAUUACUUCAAGGAAAAGAAUUAUGAGAAAGCCAUCAUCUCCUACACAGAAGGGCUGAAGAGAAAAUGCAGUGACUGUGAGCUGAAUGUCAUACUCCAUACGAACAGAGCAGCAGCACAAUUUUAUUUAGGUAAUAAUCGAUCUGCACUAAAUGAUGUGAUUGCAGCUAGGAAACUGAAACCAAACCAUUUGAAAGCAAUUAUUAGAGGUGUCCUUUGUCAUAUUGAACUGAAAAAUUACAGCCAGGCAAUAGCAUGGUGUGAUGAGGGCCUCCAGUUUGAACCCAAAGAAAAGCAACUCAUUGAAUUGAGAGCCAAAGCUGAUAAACAGAAGCGAGUUGAGGAGCGUAAUCUAAGGAAAGCAAAAUUGAAGGAGAAGAAGGAAAGGGUGCAAGCAGAAGCCUUACUGAAGGCUGUCAAGGAGAGGAAGAUCAAGGUAUUUCAGCCUCAGGAGUUGACCGGUCAAAACUCAGAUGGUGGUGAUGAUGAUGAUAAGGAAAACAAUAGGGUAUUAAGAACUCUGUUUGAUGGCAUAAACUCUGAGAAUGGCAAUGUAGUACACUUAGAUGAAAAUGGCAACUUAAGUUGGCCUGUGUUGUUUCUGUACCCGGAAUAUGAACAAAUGGAUUUUAUCUCAGCAUUUCAUGAAGACACACGGUUUAUUGAUCAUUUAUCUGUGAUGUUUGGUGAGAACCUCCCCCCUUGGGAUACAGAAAAGAAAUAUAAGCCAAAUAAUUUAGAGCUGUAUUUUGAAGGUGAGCAAGGAGAGGAUCUGUUCCAGGUAGAUCCCAUGUGCACUCUGCGGCAGAUUCUGAGUCAUGACAGAUAUUUUGUGAAAGCUGGAAAUCCGAGAAUCAUAAUUCUAGUAAGAGGUUCAUCGUUCUCUAAAGACUUUCUAUCAGGAAAGAAGCUCCAAGCCAUUUGAAAUAAUAAAGUACUGAAGAUUUGACAGCAACUAUUGAGAAAGAAGCAGUUACCAUUUCUAAUUCUAUAUGACUCUUCAAAACUUAUUUUAUUCUAGUAAAUUAGGUUUUCGAGAUGAAUAUUGGUGUAUGAUCAACAGCAGUAAAUAGAUUCUUUAGCCAAACAUGGAUAUUGAUACCGUAAAUGGAAAUGGGAGAACAAAUGAUUUGAUCACAUCUCAUCAUUAUCCCUGAAUGAGUGCUCCCCAGACAAUACUGCCCUCCCUUGGUGCUGCUCAGGAUUGCCUUCUACAUUUUAUUCUCAAGCUGAAGAUUCCAAACUAUCGUUUUCACUCCAGUUCAUUAACUGCAGCGAGAGCGAAGAGGUCGCAGAAGCAGACAGAAUGGUGGUGCACCUGUGUGGAACUUGACAGCAGUGGCAGCAAGAUUAUAAAGAGCACAGAGUGCAGGGGUCUCAGUGGCAGACCUGGAGGGAACUCAGGUUGUCAGAAGAAGGGAGAGUAGUGAAAUUCCAGAAGCAAAGAGAGUGGUGGCAAAACUGCUUUUCAAAAUCAAAAUGUGACAGAUUGAAGGGUACAAUAAAGGUCCAUAAUCUGAAGAGAUCCAUGUUAAACUUUCCCUCAGAUCGAAAUUUAUCCAUUUACUGUUACUCUGUGUUUCCUAUUGCAGCUAAUUUUGUAUCCACAUUGCUACUGUCUCUUAUAAUAACAUAGCUUUCCAACAA